AAAAUGAAGACUAGAAAUCUAGACAGGAAUGUCCAAAUGGAAUCGAGAGACGAGGACAGAAUUUCAGGCAAUCCUCCUAGGUCUUAUCCAUGUUCCUUCUGUCAAAAAGGGUUCUCAAAUGCACAAGCGCUAGGAGGUCACAUGAACAUCCAUAGAAGAGACAGGGCGAAGCUUAGAGAACAAACUUCGGAUGAAACCAUGCCUUCUUUGGACAUUGCCACGGGGAAUCAACUUGAUCAUUCCCAGGAUUUUGAAGACAAAGAUGUAACUGUACGAGAAUCAAGUAUUGAAGGGAAAAGUUCGAGUUCAACUAGUAGUAGUACUCCCAAACGGCCAUUCAGUCUUUCCAAAGAAGAGGAGAUUCAACAGCUACCUAAUUUGUUGUUUAAGGUACCUUCCACUUUCACAGGUGAGGAUGAUGUCAAGGCAAGCGAAGGUGGCCGCCGGGCGAAUGAAGAGAGGAUGCGGUUGGUUCGCAGGUCAUCAUCCGGUGAUCGGAGGGGUCUGGACCUUGAGCUUCGGUUAGGGCCUGAACCUAGUCAAGAUCAGGCGACAACAACAAAGAGUACAAUAGAGUUCUUUUGAGUCUGCAAUCAAGAAUGAAGAAUUCAUGGGAGCUAAAUAAAAGGUUUUACCCUUUCCUUUUCUUUUCUCUGAAUAUAUCUCAUCUAAUUUC